AUGGAGUUAAUCGUUUCUAACACACAGCCACUAUAUCCAUCGAUAAACUAUUUGACGAUUGUUUGUCUUGUUUCGUACGUCAUGUUGUUCGCCAGUGGUCUGGGUCCAAUCCCUAACAUGAUCACAGCCGAGGUCUUCAGGCAGGGUCCGAGAUCCAGAGCCAUGAGUUUGGCUGGGCUGCUCAACUGGCUGUCCAAUGCUGUCGUGGCCACGUCUUUCGAAAUUGUGCAAGCGGCCACUAGAGAAUUCAUCUUCAUCAUCUUCCUUGUCAUCAUGAUCGUCUCCGUAAUUUUUGUCUAUUUGAAAGUUCCCGAGACGAAGAACAAGUCGUUCGACGAGAUUGCCAGUCAGUUUAAGAGUACUCGCGGUGGAUAUAAUGAGCAAAUGACAGCUGUUGUUGUUUAA